AUGAAGCAUCCGAUUGCCAAACAGUAUACAGAUCCUUCAACCUUCAAUCUUCCUUCUCUCUCUUCCUCGAUUCCUGUGAAAAAGACUGGACUAAGCAAAGGGUACGGAGUUUAUGUGAACCGGGCUGCCGGAGUUGUGUGUGGUGGCCGGAGCCGUGUGGAGAAAAUAUGGAGAGUGGAGAGGGAGAGAGAGCUUCGGAUAUUUUUCUCGGGUUUAGGAGAAGGUUUUAGAUGUACCUUGAAUGAUGAAAGAGGUCGUCUAUUUAUAGGAGCCUCGGGGCUAGGGUUUCGUAGGGAAUAUGCUGAGUUUAUUCUCUACCCAAAUUCGUAG